AGUUGCCGUUCCGCGCACCGAUGCCAAAACGCGCAGGAGGAGUCAGUGCCAAAGGGUCAUUUUAGCGCACCACUGCUGAAAUGGAAAAGGACUGAAGGGAAUCCUAGAAUAAACAGCAACCAUUUGACCCCAGAUGAUAUAUUCAUAACAUUAAAAUUAAGAAAAGGAAAAAGGAAAGGAGCCAAAUAACAGCCAAUACCCAUCACACCGGUGGAGCGCUCCGCACUUCAUCUGUCACCACGGUCGCCGCAGAGGUGGGCAGUCCAGGAUUUUUACCUAUCUGCAAAAGGUCAUUGCAAAAAAAAAAAUAUUACCUACCUGCGCAAAUAUCACCUCAUCGGCCGCCAGUAGCAUACUGCUUCCUAAAACUACACUUUGGCUUCCUCAAUCCAGGUGUUGCUACCUCCGAAGACGUGACUGACGCGCUGCAGGACUUUGUGGACAAAUUGGUCUUGCGCCCCGGUCCGUCUCUGUACCUUCCGAGCGCGCAUCAAAGUUACAGUGGGAGACUGUGUAGCGUAUAGUAAAGGGAGUGGGAGGGGAAAAAGUUGGUCACCUGCGAUCCAGAGAGGACCGACACCACGGUCCAAGCCGACUCCAAGUGCCGUUCACCGGGCGAUGCCAGAGUAAAUGCCGGGGCAAUGUCCCGCCGCAAGCAGGUGAACCCGCAGCACUUGUCGUUGACGCACAGGGAGACAAUAGGCCUACAAGAGGCCAAUCAUGAUUCAGGGGCAGGAUCUCCAUCUCCGGAGCCCUCCACCCCCAGCCCUCGGAGGGUGGGACCCGGGGAGCAUGAUCUGCUGACCUGUGGCCAGUGCCAGACCAACUUCCCUCUGGGCGAUAUCCUUGUUUUCAUUGAGCACAAGCGGCGUCUUUGCCGGGGGCCUGCAAGUGGACGGGGGUCCUUCUCCAAGCCUGGGGAGACUGGUGGAGCUACAGGCCUUACCAUCUCUCCCAGGGCCAGGUCUCUGGAGCUGGGGAGAGGGCCCAUUCCGGUGGAGGUGGGCAUCCAGGUGACCCCCAGAGGAGAAGAGGAUGUGCAGAGGAGGCUGACGCCGGCCAAGGGGAUCUGCCCCAAACAGGAGAGAGGAGAUAAAGAUGAGCCAUCCAGCUACAUCUGCACUAGCUGUAAGCAGACCUUCACCAGCGCCUGGUUCCUGCUUCAGCAUGCCCAGCACAUUCAUGGCAUCCGCAUCUACCUGGACAACCACCUAGCUAACUGCUCCCUCACUCCCCGCAUGGCUCUGCCUCCACCCCCAAGUGCUGAUGCCCUUCCCCGCUCCCCUCUCCCCACUUUCCUUGGUGACACCAACAAUCCAUUCCAUCUCCUCCGCAUGGCUGCGCCCCUGCUCAGGGAACAUCCCCCUCCCCCGGGGUUUAUGGAGACCCGGUUGCCUGCAACACCACCCUUUGUCAGCCCUCCGCCUCCUCCAAGACCCCCUCUAGAGCGGCUGGGCCCAGAGGAGAUGGGGCUGCUGUCCCAGCACCCCAGUGCCUUUGAGAGGGUGAUGCGGAUGACCCCCAUGGAGCCUCCUUCCAUGGACUUUUCCAGACGUCUAAGGGAACUGGCUGGCAACACGACCAAUAACGGGGGACCCACUCCUCCUCUUUCGCCAAACCGCGUGCCACCCAUGCAUCGCCUGCUAAGUCCCACACUUUUCCAGCCUGGAUCCAAGCCCCCAGCCUUUCUCACCUACACCCCGCAGCCACCCAUCUCACAGGGGGCACACGGUUCCUCUAGUCCUCCUGACUCCCAGGGUCAGAAUCAGGCCCCAGGGAAAUCCAAAUCUUGUGAGUUCUGUGGCAAGGUAUUCAAGUUCCAGAGCAACCUGAUCGUCCACAGGCGUAGUCACACAGGAGAGAGGCCGUACAAGUGUCAUCUAUGUGAUCAUGCUUGUUCCCAAGCCAGCAAGCUCAAGAGGCACAUGAAAACACAUAUGCACAACAAGUCUGGGUCCAUGGGUGGCUCCCCAGAACAGGGAAACAGAGGAGAGGGAGGAGAGGUUGAAGACAAGAGUAGGGAAGGAGAUUCAAGAGGUAUGGGGAUGGACAAUGAGGAGGAGGAGGAGGAAGAGGAGGAAGAGGAAGAGGAGGAAGAGGAAGAGGAGGAGGAGUUGAGGAAUGGAAGUCGGCCAGAAUCCAACCUAAGUGAGGACUCCCAGGAGUUCAGCCAGAAUAGGGAGAAUGGCCCCAGACAGUCUCCCGAGGAGAAGCCCCUGAGCGGGAAUAGAGUAAGUGACAGUGGCGGGGUGAGCAUCAUGCACCCAUACAACCAUCUGGACAAUCACCUUAGACUUAACCCUAACAAGAGAAGCCUGGAGAGACAACCUAACGGAGAUGGUGGAGAGAGGGAUGAAGCAGAAAGAGACAGAGAGAAUGACAGGCAGCAGCAAAGAGAACGGGAUGAGCAGGAGGACCAGAGGCCUGUGAUGAACGGCAGGAUCAGCGUAUCUGAAGCCGAAUCCUUCCCUGGGCUUUUCCAGCGUCGGCCCACCCCCAUCACUAGCCCAAGCCCCUCCAACAACAAGAGGAUCAAGAUAGAGAAGGAACAGCUGGAGCUUCCACCAACCAUACCCCUUAUCUCCCCGGAGAAUGUCUACUCUCAGCUCCUGGCUGGCUACGCUGCUUCACGCCACUUCAUCAGAGAGCCCUUCUUGGGAUUCACCGAUUCCCGCCAGUCCCCCUUCGCCACCUCCUCCGAGCACUCCUCCUCCGAGACGGGUAGCCUCAGAUUCUCCACUCCGCCUGGGGAGCUGAUAGAAGGAGGGAGCGCAUCAGGCCGCAGCGGCAGUAGCACCCCUCACCUCCUGCGGGGACCCGGACCCGGCAGGCCCCCGAGCUCCAAGGACAGGAGGAAUGACACCUGUGAAUACUGCGGCAAGGUGUUCAAGAACUGCAGCAACCUGACGGUGCACCGACGUAGCCACACGGGGGAACGGCCCUACAAGUGUGACCUGUGCAGCUAUGCCUGCGCCCAGAGCUCCAAGCUGACACGCCACAUGAAGACCCACGGGCAGUUUGGAAAGGAGGUGUACCGCUGCGACAUCUGCCACAUGCCCUUCAGCGUCUACAGCACGCUGGAGAAACACAUGAAAAAAUGGCAUGGUGAACAUUUGAUGGCCAGCGAGGUCAAACUGGAGCAAGCGGACAGAGGUUAAGCCAGCAACCAUUAGUUAUACAGCCUACAGUGUACACAAGCAAACACUCUCAUACACACACAAGCACAUACACAUGCGCACACAAAUUCCCGAUAACCACUUCUUCAGCUAUGGGGCUUGGCUGGAUAAUCUCUCUCUUAAAAAAAAAAUUGAGACUGAUUGAUGUUAAUCUUUUUUUUUUUUUUUUUUUUUUUUUUUU